UCUAUUCGAAGCGCGUAAGCUCGAAUUCAGCGUCGCUGAAAAAUUUACUUUUUCACAAAUUUAGCAUAAUGUCUGUAAUAGCGCGUGCCUUGAGUUAACACUUUCUAAUUAAAUUAAGAUGGUUGGCUGACAGUUCCUCGGUUUUAUUUAUUUUUUUUAUUAAAAUAAUUUGUGGUUUGUGAAAAUGUCGACGCUGUUUAAGAAGAAAUUCGAAAGGAAAAAAUCUCUAUCGAGGAAAGAGAUAAGUCUUGCGCGCCUCGAAAAUUUCAGGAGGGAAGUUAUAACAGACACCCAUUCGGCUGCCUUAAGUGAUUUGUGUCGACGGCUCGAAACCGAUCGCGAAAACGGCUUAAGCCCCGAAAAGGCAGCGGAAAUCCUCGCCAAAACUGGACCAAAUACUCUGACACCUUCUACAAAAACUCCGGAAAUUAUCAAAUUCAUACGAACUCUAACGCAUGGCUUCUCGCUGUUGCUAUGGAUUGGAGCUUUUUUGUGCUUCACGGCUGUUAUCAUUCGAAUGAUUACCACACAUGAAACGGAUUCAGACAAUUUGAUCUUGGGAUGUGUUCUGGUCACUGUGGUGGUGGUCACAGGAUGUUUCAUGUAUUUUCAGGAACACAAAAGUCAAAAGAUAAUGGAGUCUUUCGCCAACAUGGUCCCUCCCAAAGCCACGGUGAUCCGUGGCGGCGAGACCAUGACCAUAAUGUCCAAAGACUUGGUCGUCGGUGACUUAGUCGAACUCAAAUUUGGCGAUCGCAUACCUGCCGACAUCCGCAUAAUCCACAGUCAAGGUUUCAAAGUUGAUAACUCAGCCCUCACUGGCGAAUCAGAGCCCCAAUACAGAGGCAGCGAAUGCACCAGCGACAACAUCCUCGAAACCAAAAACUUCACUUUCUUCUCAACAAACGCGGUCGAAGGCACUGCGAGAGGCAUCGUAGCGGCUUGUGGCGACCAAACUGUUAUGGGACGCAUUGCAGGCCUCACUGCAAGACUCCAACCCAACAAAACCCCAAUCGCUCGCGAAUUGGAACAUUUUAUGAAAAUCAUAAGUGUUUGGGCGUGUUUCUUGGGGAUUGUGUUUGGAGGGGCUGCUUUAGCGAUGGAUUAUUCCUGGAUUGAAGCCUCACUAUUUUUGAUUGGGAUUAUAGUAGCGAAUGUGCCGGAGGGGCUUUUGGCCACUGUCACUGUAUGUUUGUCGGUGACGGCGAAAAAAAUGGCGGCGAAAAAUUGUUUGGUCAAGAAUUUGGAAGCUGUGGAGACUCUAGGGUCGACUUCUGUGAUUUGUUCGGAUAAAACAGGAACUUUGACUCAGAAUAAAAUGACUGUUUGUCAUUUCUGGGUUGAUAAUAAGAUCAUUCACGCUGACUCUACCAUUAAACAAGAGGAAGCGAAAGACUAUACCGGGAAUGAAGGUUUUAAAGUGUUGAUGCGUUGUGCCACUCUUUGUAAUCGAGCUGAAUUCGUCCACGGUGAGGAAAACAAACCAGUACACAUGAGGCAAGUCAGAGGAGACGCUUCGGAGGAAGCCAUCUUGAAAUUCGUAGAAUUGACACAAAUCGAAGAUUCGCCGUCCAAAUUUAGACACAAUAAUCCCAAACUUUUGGAAAUCCCAUUUAGUUCCACUACCAAGUACCAAAUUUCGAUCCAUGGGCUAGAAAAUGGACGUUGUUUGAUAGUCAUGAAAGGGGCCCCUGAGCGAAUUUUAGCCCGUUGUACUAAUAUUUUUCUCAAUAAUGAAACAAAAAUUCUCACGGAUGAUUUGAGACGGAUUUGUGACAAGGCUUGUACGAAAAUGGCCGAAAAAGGGGAACGGGUUUUGGGAUUUUGUGAUUUGUUACUUGAUCCUAGUUACACCAAAGAUUAUCAGUUUUGUGCAGAACCUCCGAAUUUUCCUCGUCGUGAGAUGAGAUUCAUCGGGUUUAUGUCUUUGAUUGAUCCUCCGAGACCACAAGUGCCUGAUGCGGUCGAAAGAUGUAAAACUGCUGGAAUCAAAGUCAUAAUGGUGACAGGUGACCAUCCGAUAACGGCGAAAGCAAUAGCCCGUCAAGUUGGCAUAAUCCAAGCCAAGGAAACCAUCGAUGCCUUCAACAUCAACAUUAUUGAAACCAUCCCAACCUUCAAGGACAAGGCUAUAGUGAUCCAUGGUUCGACACUUCGAGAUAUGACAAACGACGAAUUGGAUCACGUAUUGCAAAACUACAGAGAAAUCGUCUUUGCUCGAACUUCCCCGACACAAAAACUCCAAAUCGUUGAGGGUUGUCAGCGACUUGGCGAAAUUGUUGCGGUGACUGGUGAUGGUGUCAAUGACGCUCCCGCGUUGAAAAAGGCGGAUAUUGGAAUUGCCAUGGGUAUUUCCGGGUCAGAAGUGUCCCAACAAUCCGCCGAUAUGAUCCUCUUAGACGACAAUUUCGCGUCGAUCAUCACCGGAGUCGAAGAAGGUCGGAAAAUUUUCGACAACUUGAAAAAAUCUAUCGCUUACACUUUAGCCUCAAAUGUCCCCGAAAUUUUACCGUUUUUGGCUUUCGUACUUGGAAACAUUCCUUUACCUUUGGGUGUCAUGGCUAUUCUAUGUAUCGAUCUCUUAACUGACAUGUUACCGGCCAUAAGUUUAGCAUACGAAAAAGCCGAAAGUGACAUUAUGCAAAGGCCCCCAAGGAACCCAAAAACUGACAAUCUUGUUACCCGAAAAUUGUACUUCUUGGCUUACGGUCACAUCGGAAUUGUCGAAGCGACCUGUGGUUUUUUCAUCUAUUUUGCCAUUAUGGCCGAACAUGGAUUCAUGCCGUUGCAACUUUUCGGUUUGCGACAAAAAUGGGAUUCGGAGAAUUGUAACGACUUGGUCGAUUCUUACGGUCAGGAGUGGUCGUAUCAACGCAGAAAAGAAUUGGAAUACACGUGUUAUACGGCUUUUAUGAUAAGUGUGGUAGUAACGCAAUGGGCCGACUUGAUCAUUUGUAAAACACGAAUUAAUUCGAUUUUUCAUCAAGGUAUGGGCAAUAUGGUUUUAAAUGCAAGCUUGGUGGUCGAAACCGUGGUGGCGUGUAUGUUGUCCUACCUCCCCGAUAUGAAUUAUUUGAAGUUUUAUCCGGUCAUGUUCAGAUGGUGGUGCUAUUCGUUACCUUUUGCCUUAUUUAUAAUAAUUUUUGACGAAUUGCGGAAAUUGCACAUGAGAAAAUAUCCAAAUGGCUGGUAUAAGCAAGAAACUUACUAUUAAUUAUUUAUAAAUACAGAUAAUAAAUAUUUAUUUAUU